AGACUUUAGAUGGUGCACUCUUCCUCCCUGAAGUCGGCUCAUAUUGCGAUUGCGACUGUGAGUUGUUUUUGUUUUGUUUAGAGCGGUUAUUCUGGUUAUUCAUCAGGUGGAUGGUGUUUAUCUGCCAGUUUGAUGAUUUUAUUUAAAGUGGUGGACAAUGGGUUGUUGGCGACUUACAUCGUCGGAUCAGACUGACUAUCCACCAAGACCUAUGCGGCCUUCAAACACAGAUAUAUUCUGCCUCUGUUUUGCUAUUCUUUUCCAUCUUGUCGAUUUGGGCACCGACGUAAACGUAACCUAUGAUUAUUUUUCCAAAGGCGAAAAAUACUAUGCGAUAGUUACGAUAGUGAUAAUUAUAAUACCAUCCAUUGUGACAUCAUGUGUCAGCUACAGAAUGUACAGUAUGGAUAGAGAAUCAGAAAUUUCUUAUGUUUGGAACCGCAAAAGGAAGUUCCAGCUUUUAAUGCUGUUCCUACAACUGGCACCAGUUCUUCGGUAUAUUGAUUCCUUGAGAUAUGCCUGUAAAUCAAGAAAAGCUGAAAAGAAACAGAACAAGAAAGAUCAGGAGAAGUAUUAUAAGCUGAUGCUGAAAGAAGAUGCUGAUGUAGCCUUGCUUAGAGUCUUUGAAAGUUUUUUAGAAUCAGCUCCUCAGCAACUACUCCAACUCAGUUAUUUAUUGAAGCUCUACUACAAAAAAACAGAACAUGAAGGUUUUCUGAUGCCCAUCCUUUCUGUGCUCACAUCACUGGUGGGCAUGGCUCUCUGUUUGAUGACUUAUCAAAAAACCAUUCGUUAUGUGCAAGAGGACAAGGAUAAUAUUAACUGGAAAGGCUCUGUCUUCAUUUUGAUGUGGCAUUUUUUUGUAACAGUUUCAAGAAUAUUAAUGUUGAGUGCUAUGGUGUACAUAUCAUGGCUGUAUGCACUGCUAUCAAUGAUAGUCCAUUGGCUGGUGAUGUCAAUUUCACUUGCUUUGCUGGAAUCUCAUGACUUUUGUUCAGAAACAAGCUCAAUACGAUUUCAGAAAUUCACCGUAUGUGAAGUCCUAACCAAUUUUCUGUAUUCUUCAGCUCUGGGCCUUGUCUUCAUUUUUACUUAUAUUACCCCAAGUGAAGGUGGAACAUUAUUUAGAUACACUAGCUUUUAUCUCAUUUGUCUAUUAGAAAAUAUUGUAGGAGCAGUUAUUUGGUAUUAUUAUUUUGAUGAAACAUCUUGGUUUACCAUCACAAUGACUGUAAUGUUUGUUGUACCAUUUGUGCUUGGCUGCUUGUGUAUGAUUAUUUAUUAUUGUAAAUUUCAUCCAAAGCAAUAUACACCACCUAGUAUGAUUCCCCAAAGAAGACAAGUCGUCAAAGCAGAAGGUACCCAUCUUACAGAAACCCCUUCUCCGAAAUUGCAGGUGGGACCAAGUACAUCCCUUAAUGGGACAAUUACUUCUGAAUUAGGCCAGGGUGAUGAUGCCUAGCUUGCAGAAACAGUAUUGCAAUGUUAUGAUUCUAGCUCAGCUCUCUAUUUAAAUUGAUGGUAUGCACCAUUUGGGGUUGACAACUUGUCUCUUUUUAACAAGGUUUUUUCCCUAGUGAUGUAUGUGUAUGAUGUGUCAAUGUGUUCAAUUUACCUCAGUGUUGAAAUUUUACUGUGAUUUUGUAAGUAAUUGUGUCUUAAUUACUUUAGUUGAAAUGAAUUUUAAUGCACUGUA